AGUUACAUAGUAUUAUAAUGGCAAUUUUGUGACAUCAUGUCAUUGGAGGGGUCUAUAACAUCUGACGAAGAAGAUGCAUACAAAGAAGAGAGUCCCUGUGGCAGAUGGCAUCGCAGGAAUGUCAGGCUUGCAGAUGUACCGGGUAUAGAUGCACUGUAUCAGGCUAUGGAUAUGGAAGAGGGGGUGGAGGUUGUAUGGAAUGAGAUAACCAUUGCUUGUGUUCCUCUUGAAGAUGACAACCUUGUUAAGCUCUGCGAAAAACUAAUCAAACUCACCAAAGUCGAGCACCCCAACCUACUGAAGCUGUACGGUAGUUGGUACAAUAAAGAGCAGAGCAAGGUAGUAUUCACCACAGAGUACUACUCAGCCGGAUCCCUUCAUACCUUCAUACAGCGGCGUUUCCAAGUCAACAAGACACGUAUUAAUGAGACACUUUGGAAGAGAUGGUGCCGGCAGAUCCUCUCAGCUGUCAGUUAUUUGCAUAGCAAGGAAAUUACACAUGGAUAUGUAACAGCUGAUACAGUGUUUAUACAACAUGAUGGUUUAAUCAAACUGGGAUCAAUUGUGCCCAGUACUAUACAGGACCACAUAGCAGCCUGUUCCCGAACACACAGACAAAGACACAGACAUUACUGUGCUCCAGAAUAUGCAGCUUUAAACCUCGAGCAACUACGUAGAGGUAGUGAAAAUUGUUCUUUGUCGCCGCGUCCAGUUCAGAAGAUGGUUCACAGACGCAGUUCAAGUGUGGAUGGCAAGAAAUCUUCAAACACUCGCAAAACACGUAGUCUGGAAAGUAUGUCCAAUCUUCUAGCUCUAGUGUCCGAGCUGGAUAAUGCUGAUGUUACCCAAGCUACCAAGAUACAAAGACCUCACUCGGUUGAUAUCUACGCAUUUGGUAUUUUGUGUUUGGAGAUUCUCUGCGAUCUCAGUGAGCACAAGAUAACCCAAGAGUCGCCAGUAACCACACUAGACGAUGUAAAGCAAGCCAUAGCUAGUCUUGAGCCACACCAGCAAGACUUGAUAAACCUAUGUAUGGAAUAUGAUGGCAGUAAGAGACCUGACGCUGCCUACCUUCUCAAACUUAAUAUCUUACACGAGAUACCAGAUUUGCGGAUAAUGUGUGUGAACAUGUUGCUACACGCUGAUGAUGUGAACUACAGAGAUGUGGAAGAGAGUGCUGGUCGUCAACAACACUUUUCAGUCGACAACAAACCUUGCUCGGCAUUCACUCCUCAACAUCUAGAUAUUGAGAAAAUAGAGCGAGAGAUAAAGAACGGGUUUCACUCUAUCCCCGAAGUUGGUGUAAUUGGGAAAAUCAGCCCCAUUCGUUUCAAGACUUUGUCUCCUGAUACCAAAGAAGUGUCCCAUGAAGAUGACCAGGAGGAGAUUGAAAGCGGAAACAGAACCGGAACUGAGGAAACCAGACUGAUCCUGUGUAUAAAGUGUCAGCUAAACCCUAGUGCUGUGAGUGGGAAUCUGCACCUAAAAUUAGAGUUCCAGAUGAACGAUAACAUGGUGCGUAUAAUGAGUACGGAUAUAAACGAGCAAGAGGACCCAGGAGCUCUAGUAGACGAGAUAAUCCAAUACGGACUUCUCAACAAACUGGACAGAGACAUGGUACUGGAGUCGCUGGAGGAGUGUUUGUCCACGUGAUGCGCGUGCUAAUUUACAAGUCACGUGAUACACAUUGCACGUGCUAUUUUACAAGUCACGUGAUACACAUUGCACGUGCUAGUUUACAAGUCACGUGAUGCUUGUAUCCUCCUCGAGCGUCCUGUGACCUCUCCACAACAUGAUGUACAUAACAUAACACUAGAUUGUUCCUGUAGCCCUACGGACACUGUGUACAUAUUAAAGGUCACUGAGGUGCGAGUGUACACUUUACGUUGACCUAUCUAAUAUUCUGAAAUUUCUACCAUUAGUCGAGCAGAAUAGUCUUCUAGGAUUUAUAUAAUUGGUUUAUGAUUGUCAGGACUGAUUUAGUCUCGCUAUUGCCGCCCGGGCUCAUUAAGUUUAACACACUCGCACGAGGAAGCUAACAUAAGCUUUAUAAUAAAUACUGGCUUACUGGUCGGCUAUCAAUAGCUAAGAUUAUUUGGUUAGUUAUUUGUACGAUAAAUUGAUGCAAUUUUUGUUAAGAUAUUAAAUCCCGUGAAAUAUACACAAUAUCUGUAUAUUAUCCUAGUUUUUAUUGUUGAAUCAAACGUUUAACGAGGGCCCUGUUGACCGCAUUUCAAGCCUUUGGUUCAACUUGACCUCGUUUUAGAGGACAAAUUAAAGAUAAACAUGAAUACUGUGGCCGGAGUGUCAUCUCUUUUUGCUCCAUGAUACCAACCCGAUAAAGGCUUAGGGCUAUGUUAACAUCUCAAGAUUUUAUCUUCUUACUUAUAAUCUAUAACAUUAUUAUCUCCGACUUUAUCAAUAAUCAUCACCAAGCACCAUCGUUUAAUUUGAAAAGGUAUGAUAUGAAUAGCCCUGUUAUUUUAUAUGAAACGUUCGUGAAAG